CUGGCCCAGUGCAAUUCACUCUUGGCCAUCGAUUGAUUCGACUCCAUCUAUCAUCGCUGCACCACUGUGUUUGGCCCAGCAGAAUGCUCCUUCCCGUCUCGCCGCUCCUUGCAGUCCGCCGCCGCAUUGCCCUGGCCAAGCAGCUGAUCCGAUGGAAGACCAUUAUCCGUCUGGCCCUGUUCGGAACCGCCAUCCUGGUUCUGGUUCAUCUGGUCGGCACUCAGCGGAGCCAGUCGAAUCUCCUGUCCGACGACGAUCGCCGUCUCAAGUCGCACUCCCCUGGAGCCAUCGAUAUCAACACCCUCGUUGGGCAGAAUGCCGUUGAGCAAAACGCUGCUGCCCCGGUCCACCAAGAUCACGAUCAUGGCGUCGUCUCAGAGCCGAAAGCUGGCACAGGCAGCUCCCCGGCGUCAUCGGCGUCAUCGACGUCAUCGGCGUCAUCGCCGGUCCGGCCCGAGUACCGUGUCCUGCAAGACGAGGCCAAGGAUCUUUACAACGCUCUGGAGGACAUCAAGACCCUAACGGCGCACUACCAGCAGGGCUGUCGCAAGUUCCUGGCCACUCGCUUCGAGCAGAAGCCGAUCCUGUUCAACGGAGAGCACGAGGGGCUGCCCAGCACUCUCGACCACACCUUCACCACCAACGAAUCAGAUGAUCGGUUCAUGAUCACCGAGUUUCAGCCGCUGCCGAUCCCAAAACUCGUCCACUUCAUCCACUACAACCCCAUGCUGACAAACAAGCGCUAUCUGUGUGCCAUCGAAUCGGCUCUGCACCAGAACCCAGAGCACUAUGUCAUUGUCCACGUCCCGAUCGCUUCCGAGUUUGUAAAGUCGAUCGAGUCCAUUCUGGAGCCACUGGAUGUUUACCAGCACCGACUGCGAUUUCGAUCUCUGACGUACAAGCAGUGGUUCGCACAGACACCCCUCCAGACAUGGUACGAGAGCGGUCUCUACAAGAAAUCCAGCUGGAUCGAGCAAAAUCUCGGCAACGCUGUCCGCUUGGCGAUCAUUUGGAAGGUCGGAGGCGUCUACAUUGAUCUCGACAUCAUCAGCACCAACACUAUCGAAGGCAUUGGCAGGGCACUCUGCCAGGAGGACUACGCGAGGGUCAACAACGCCUUCCUGAGCUUCCCGCCACGGGAUCAGCUCGUGUGGGAGCUGAUGGAGGAGUUUGUCAAGAACUUCAAUGGAUAUGUCUGGGGAAACAACGGACCGAGGGUCGUCACAGACGUCAUCAAGGAGAGGUGCAAGGCAUCGCCGCACCAUAUUGCACCUCAUGUGUGUCAGGCCCGGCUCCUUGAGCGCCAGCGAUUCUUCCCCAUCCACUACUCCCAGCUCGAAAUGCUCAACCGAACAUGGAAUUCGGCUCAAGGCUGCGACACACUUGGCUGGAUCGCAUCCCAAAGCAUCGGCGUGCAUUGGUGGGCAAGCCUCGAGUCGGUCUACAAACAGCGGAUCGACAUGAACCAGACAACACUGAUUCGCAAGGUGUUCCAGGCAAUGUGCCCCAUCACCAAUCACAUCCUGGACAGCAAGCCGGAGAGCCCGGUUGAUGUUGCUGGCGAGGACGAUCCUUCCAUUCAGACGGAUACUCUUGAACUCCAAGAAUCCGACAGUCUGGAAGUUGGCUUCCACACUGAUCAGCAUGCCGAGGGUGCAAAACAAACAAGCAACAGACAGAGUGAGGACGGACGGGCGCCAGACACCAACAUCAAAAAGCCCAAGGAGCAGUUGGAUCCACAGAAGCAUAGCGCUGCACACCAGGCAUCCGGUUCAAGCAGGCCGGACACCAAAGGCCACAAGAAUGGCGCUCACGAGCGCGGCCAGGGCGAAUCCGUGAUUGAUCCAAACGACCCGCGAUAUGAGAUUGCCAAAGGCCAACUUCCCGUCUUCCGCGAUGACGAUCCCAAGGGCCGGGGCCGGCCCAAGUAGAGCUGCUCCCAGGGUACCGCCGGUUUGAUAUUUCCCAGAGAGAGCAGCAGCGCGCCCGUCUUGAUCCAAUACAGUGCUCGAUCGACCUCAUGGUCCUGCAUGUG